AUGGCACCAUAUGAAAUGCUUUAUGGUAGAAAGUGCCGAACCCUGGUGUGUUGGGGUGAGGUGGGUCCACGUGAACUCUCUCACAAAGAUAUAGUUCGAGCCACUAAUGAAAAGAUUGAGGUGGUUCGGGCACACGUGAAAACGGUACAAGAUAGACAAAAGUCGUACGCGGACAAAAGGCGUAGACCGAUCGAGUUUCAGGUUGGCGACAAAGUCAUGCUUAAGGUAGUCCCAUGGAAGGGGGUUAUCCGAUUUAGAAAAAGAGGAAAAUUAAGCCUAAGAUUUAUUGGGUCGUUUAAAAUUGUUGAACGAGUAGGGAAGGUAGCAUACCGCCUUGAACUACCAGAAGAAUUAAGUGGAAUUCAUAGCACAUUUCAUGUGUCACAUCUUCGGAAAUGUUUAGUGGAUGAAACAAUCUAUAUUCACUACGAAGACAUCGAGGUGGAUGAUAGACUUAACUAUGUGGUGAAGCCCAUGGCGAUUUUGGAUCGUAAGGUGAAAAUCUUAAGUAAUAAAGAAAUCAAUCAAGUAAAGGUCAAAUGGGAACACCGGAAGGGUUCGGAUACCACAUGGGAACCCGAGGAGGAGAUGCAACGACUCUACGCUACGUUAUUCGGUACGUAA